GGCUGGGCUUGCUACUCUGAAGUAAGUCCUUACUCACUCUGAGCUGACUGCAGUGAACAAAGGUCAUGCGCUACUUCUUUUUAUUGGUUUAUUGUUUAUCAGGUGCUGGAAGCUCAGACCUGCUGAGCCGUCACAGGAGGGAAUGGACUACUGACUCGUUUGAGCUUGAGGAGGGUUAUCCAGGGCCAUUCCCAUAUGAGUUGGGCAAGGUGAAUAUUGAUGGGCAAAAUCGACUAACCUUCCAACUCUAUGGAGAAGGGGUGGAUGAGGCGCCGAUGGGAGUCAUUUCCAUUGACAAAGAGUCUGGCAUGUUGUACGUCCACAAGGCUGUGGACUAUGAGGAGUGGCAAAAACUUGAGCUAAUAUGUGAGGCCAGAAAGAUGGACGUGUCAACUGACACCAGACAGGUUACCAGGUUACGACUUGAGAUUUUCAUAAAGGACAUCAAUGACAACCCACCACGCUUUGAGAACAGUCUGUAUGAGACUACUGUUGAUCAGGAAAACACACAAGGCUCCAAUCUUUUGAAAGUGCAUGCUACUGACAUAGACGAGAGCGAAACACUAAACUCAACCUUCCACUAUGAAAUCAAAUCUGUGUCUCCAAAUGUUAGAGACACUGAAUUCUUCGUUGAUGAGUCUGGAUACAUUUCAUUCAAAGGUUGUUUAAAUCAUGAGGUGGCUGAGAAGUUUACAUUAAUGGUGGAGGCCAAAGACCACGGUGAAGUAGUCAGCCUGUCCAGUUCAACCACUGUUGUAAUUCAUGUACGGGAUGGCAACAACCACCUUCCAGUCUUCAGUGAUCAAACGGGCACUGGUAAAGUGAAGGAGCUUGAGACUGGGGUCUCUCCUCUGAGGCUGCAUGUGACAGACAAAGACACCCCCCACACCUCUGCAUGGAGAGCCAGAUACACCGUACAUGGUGACGAGAGAGAGAACUUUGAGAUACUAACAGACUUAGAGACUAAUGAUGGGAUCCUGACAGUAGUUAAACCUUUAGACUUUGAGAAUGGGGCGCAGAGGGAGCUGUUGAUCUCAGUGGAAAACGAGGCACCGUAUUACUCCUGUGAAGUAAAAGAGAGGACGCCCUCAGGCCUCUGGAAAGUUGACACCAUUAAAGGCCAUGAUCUCUCUGGUGCAGCUAAACCUCAGUCUGUGAAAGUCACCAUUGAUGUGGAGGAUACCAAUGACCCUCCUAAAUUCAGCAUGACGGUGAAAGAGGUCGUGGUGAUGGAGAACGUACCCGCUGGAACCUGGGUUGAUAAAGUGACGGCUGUGGAUCCUGACUCCAGUUAUUCCAAAGACUUUGUUUACAAGGUAGGAAAUGAUCCUGCUGGCUGGGUGACGGUGGAUCCCCUCACAGGAAAAAUCACAAUGAUAAAGACGCCCGACAGAGAAUCUCCACACGUUGUUAACGGCACCUACACCAUCUUAGUGUAUGCAGUUGACAAAGGUAUACCACCAAUGACAGGAACAGCUACACUACAUAUCCAUGUGUGGGACCAGAAUGACAACGUGCCACAGCUAAGAGUGGACAGCCUGGAUGUGUGUGUGUCUGAUGCCCCCACAACCACCAACAUUGAGGCCUUUGACCCAGAUGAAGCACCUUAUGCAGGGCCUUUCACUUUUGAAUUGUUGGGAAAUGUUGAAGGAAAAUGGAGACUGAAUCCUGACUAUGGUUACGCAGCUGGUCUGGUGAAGGAGCCUGGUGUGUCCUCUGGUCAACACACAAUUCAUCUAAAGAUCUCCGACAUGCAGGGAGCAUUUAAAGUUUACAACCUCAGUGUGACUGCAUGUGGCUGCACUGUGACACCAAACUGUCGAAUUCGCCAGAAAUCUGAAAUAAACAUUGGCCCUUAUGCUUUAUGCAUAAUAAUUUGUUCACUCUUACUACUUCUGUCUCUGCUGCUGCUGGCACUCAGCAUCUCGUCCAAAAGAGAGUUCGUCACUAUGGAGCCUGAAGAUUGUUCAGGAGGAAUCCUCCUCCAAUCAAACACUGAGGCACCAGGAGACAACUGCGAGGUCACUGUUUAG